CAAUGAAAGUAUGAAUCGUGCUAUGAAAGUACUAAAGGAUAAACACAUUAUAAAAGAAUCUGAGGGUGCAUUAAUUAUUGAUUUGAGUCAGUAUAAAAUGGAUGUUGCUGUUGUACAAAAGAAUGACGGCACCACGUUAUAUAUUACUAGAGAUAUUGGGGCUGCUAUGGAAAGAUAUGAGAAGUAUAAAUUUGAUGCAAUGUAUUAUAUUGUUGCUUCUCAGCAGGAUUUACAUUUAAAACAGCUCUUUAAGGUAUUGGAAUUAAUGGGCAUGGAGUGGGUAGAUCGAUGUAAACAUAUCAAUUUUGGUAUGGUUAAUGGGAUGAGUACUCGUAAAGGAACUGCAGUUUUCUUGGAUGAUAUCUUGGACCAAACCAAAGAAUCGAUGCAUGAAGUGAUGAGGCAAAAUGAAAAAAAAUAUUCACAAAUUGACAAUCCUGAUCAAGUAGCGGAUAUAAUUGGUAUUUCCGCUGUAAUGAUUCAGGACAUGUCUGCUAAAAGAAUUCGUAAUUACGCUUUCAAUUGGAAUCGCAUGUUUUCCUUUGAGGGGGAUACUGGACCUUAUCUUCAAUAUGCACACGCUCGUCUUUGUUCAAUUGAAAGAAACUGCGGAUUUGAAAUUAAUCCCAACAUUGAUAUUAGUCUACUUUCAACAAAACCGGCAUUGGACCUUAUUGAUACUAUUGCACAAUAUCCUGAUUUUGUCAAAGCGGCGUUAUACACAUUGGAACCUUGUACGAUUGUGACAUAUGCAAUGAAACUAAGUCACACUGUAUCUGUAGCUUUAGAAACUCUGUGGGUUGUUGGACAAGAACGUAAAGUAGCAGAAGCUAGAUUAUUAAUGUAUUGGGCUAGUCGAAUAACGCUUGGAAACGCCCUUAAAUUAUUGGGAUUAAAACCUUUAGAGAGAAUGUAA